GUCCAGUGGUGCAGUGUAUGAUGACAACAAAAUCAACAUAUAUUCAACAUUGAUCAAAUGUUUCCUUCAACCAUUACAUUGAUUCGAACACAUUUUUUCAACUUUUUAUUUUAUCAGUGGUUGAUUAAUGGUUGAUCCACCAUCAGUGUUCAACUAUAACUGUAAAUCAACCAUCUUGACCAAAUAUCAACAUUGAAAUAACAUCAUUUGCUAUCUGGGUCAUUUGUUCAACGGCUGAGUUUCGGCAUCCACGAGCGACUCUGCGAUUCCUCCUGCUGCACCACUGGAUUGAUUGAAGCACCACCUCGAGAAUUAACUCCUGCAUCGCCAGCGAUGAACUUCUUGUUCAAAGACCUGCUGCUGCAGAUGGAGGCGCUGCCACCGCGCGAAUGGAGCGGACUGACCGAGCCCUGCGACGGAAGGAUGUUUCCUGCCAGCGAGGAGAGACAUGAAGAGGAUCAAGAUCCCACACCUCAUCAGGAAGAAGAGGAGGAGGAUGAUGAUGGGUUUGAGGCAUUUUUGAGGGCCCUGCCCCCUUUAGGUACCCCAUCUCCUUUGAGCGCCCUGCCCCCUUUAGAGACCCUGUCCCCUUUAGGAAGCCCAUCUCCUUUGAGCGCCCUGCCCCCUUUAGGUACCCCAUCUCCUUUGAGGGCCCUGCCCCCUUUAGAGACCCUGUCCCCUUUAGGGAACCCCUCUCCUUUGAGGGCCCUGUCUCCUUCCUUGAACCCCUCUCAUUUGAGAUGCCCACUCCCUUUAUGGAACCCACCCCCCUGCUCUACCUCCAUCUCUCUUAGCAACCCACCCUCCUGUAAUACCCCAGCCCCUUUGUGGAACCCAACCCCCUGCUCUGCCCCCAUCCCUCUUAGCAACCUGCCCUCCUGUGAUACCCCGGCCCCUUUGUGGAACCCACCCUCCUGCUCUGCCCCCAUCCCUCUUAGCAUCCUGACCCCUCUGUGGAACCCACCCCCCUGCUCUGCCCCCAUCCCUGUUAGCAACCCGCCCUCCUGCGAUACCCCGGCCCCUUUGAGGAACCCACCCCCCUGCAGUAUUUCAACCCCUUUGACGAACCCCACACCUGUUGGUAUCCUGCCCCCCUGCAGUAUCUUGACCCCUUUGAGGAACCUGACACCCUUCUGGAAUCCAACUCCCAUCUGGAUCCCAGCCCCUUUGAUGACCCUGUUUCCUUCAGGGAACCCCACUAUGGUCCCCGUAGGGUUUCUCCCCGUAGACUGUAUUCCUGUCCCUCACCAGGGGAAAAGGAGGAGGGAUGAAGAAGAGGAAAACAAAAAAGCUCCUCCUCGUAGAAGGCAGCGUUGCUCAUCUUGAUGAAGAGUCUGAGGUGGCUUUAUCAGAGACCCAUCCCAGUUCCACUGGGAAUUCUUCUGGGUUUUUUGAGUAGGCGUUUUUCCUCAACACCUCUUAUAUAUCAUUAUCAUCAAAUGCAUGGUAAGUAUUUUUGUGUGGUGGUAAGUAUUUAACCCUGAGGCUCCAGGAUUUUUUUUUUUUGUGGUCAGUAUUUCACCCCUUUUAAACAUGAGGUGCAGUGCGGAUCAUCUUUAUAACUUCUUAUUUAUUCUUUUAUCUGAUAUUGUCGUGGUCUUUUCCCCCCAUAUAUUUACUGUUUAUUGGAUAACAUUGUUUUUCUACUUUAAAUUUAUAGUGAUCAAAUUUAUACAUGAUACUUUAAAAAAUAUUUUAAUGUAUUCAGAUUAAUAAGGUUAAGGAAUAACACACGACAGACAAGUUUCCAAAAUUAUUCUAUAAGCGUCAUGCACGCCCCCACCGCCUUCCACAGUCUAGCGUGUGUUAUUCCACUUACACCACAGCGAUUCGUCAACGAUAGCAACGUUUUAAUUUAUUAGUGACUUCUCACACGUUUUAUCAUUGGGUUUCUGAAAGCGUAAAAGAAACUGCGAUGCUAACCCAAACUCCGUCUAUAAAUGUUCAGUAAUUUGGCAAUUAUUCGCCGAAGGCAAAGUAAAUAUCAGUAAAUAAGUGAGACAAAGUCGAGGUUAUUAUUCAUCAAUUAUUCGCUGAUCCUGAGGUGGAUAAUUUAGUAUAAAUGCACAGGCGAUUACUUAAAAGAAACUAUUACAUUUAUUUCAAACUUGUAAAGCGGCAUGCAAACGUAAUAAAUGCGCUGUGCAGACUUGUCACGUAUCUCGACCAAGUGACACAAAAUACUUUGAAAUGUCGUCUGUAUGAACCACCGAACUAACGAGAGUGUGAGCCUGCCGUUCCAGUGCCGUAGCCGCUUCAGCACGUGCUUGCCCUUGGAGUUGCAGAUGCAG